AUGGAUCAUUUGGUCUGUGUUGUCCAACUGUCUGCGAAUGACUCGCCGCAUGGAGUAGAGUGUCUGGCAAUUGAACAUGAUGCCCAGUGUGCUCGUCAUGCCCAUCCAUCGAAUGGUCAAACUUCUCCCCUGGUGCUAUUGAAUGGUGGAAUUUUAAUAUCGUCCAAUGUCAAUUCAUUAUCGUCCCAAUCUUCAUCGUCUUCGUCAUCAUCGUCGUCGUCGUCAGCAGCCACAACCACAGCAGCAACAGCAGCAGUAGAAGCAAAUGACGUCAACAGGCCUAUCGAUGCGACUAUGAGCGGUGCAUUGGAUAUGCAACAGCACAGUCAUAAUUACAAUUCCUCCUCCUCCACAUCAUCAGUGCUAGCGCCUCAGACAAUAACGCUUGCCAGUAAUCGUAAAAGUAAUGGUUAUGCGAUCAAUGGCACUUUACUACAACCUCCCGAAAUUCUUUCACAGACUUCUAAUGACACAACAUUGCCCAGCUCUGCAUCGGCGUUGACGGUCGUCGAUUCGCAUAAAACAUUGCCACAACAGCAGCAGCAGCUACAGAUACAACAAAAUUCCGAUUCAGGUACCACUUUUGUAUUCACCUCACCCACCUCAACAUUUAAACGUAAAAAGCAACAACAAUUACUACGUGAAGAGGAAGAACAAUUGCUGAACAAACAGCAGCAGCAGCAGGAGGAGCGUCUGCUGCUCAACAAUAACUUGGCCAAAAGUGUCUAUGCGGAAGGGCCAAUAGGCAGUGGCGAAAGUGCAACAAACUUAAACGAAGAUUACACCAAAGGAUGUCAUAGCAGUACAAGCCUUUUAAGACACUGGAACCAGGAACAACAACAACCUAUUCGUUAUCAGCGUUACAACAAGCCAAAUGAUACAAAGACGGUGAUAAAUACUAGCACAGGUGUGAUUAUCACUGACAACGCCGGUGUUAACUACGCUUCAUCGUCCACAUCCUCCCUAAUAGCGGGCGGAAACGGAACUAUAACGGAAAACCUUAACGGCAGUACAUCGAGCGCACGUUCAACACGCCGUAUUCACACCUUACCCCUUCUAUCUACCACUGCCGGCUGUAGACAACAACAAUUGCCCACAUCAUUCAUAGCGGAUGGUGUAGUGGAUUUAGUGCACGACACUAAAUGUGCUGCAGGAAAAACCUCAACAUCUUUAUCAUCACCCCCCGGCCAACUAACAACAGCAACUUAUCCCUCCUCGAGCAACUCCAAAAGCAACAACAAAUUUCCAUACUCAACAACGGCCUCGUCUAAACGCAACCGCACCACCGCCCAAAAUCAACGGCAAAAACAGAAACUCUCGUCGACAAUGCAAGCCAGCAGUAGUGGCGGCAGUGGGACCACAACAACUGCCAAGGGUUUUAGCAACACCUCCAGUCUAGUCGAUGACAUUGAAAUGAAUUUGGGCCUGAUCGGUUGGCGGAAAAAAUGCCUCUACACCCUGCUGGUGCUGCUAAUGUUGUUAAUCAUUGUCAAUUUGGGUCUGACGCUGUGGAUACUAAAGGUCAUGGAAUUCUCAACGGAAGGCAUGGGCCAACUUAAAAUUGUUCCUGGAGGCAUACAACUUACUGGACAGGCUUUAAUUAUGGAUAUGUUACGAGCCUCAUCGAUACGUUCAAGGCAUGGCCAGCCUUUAUCUAUAGAAACAUCACGUAAUUUUUCAAUCAAUACACGCGGCGUCGAUGGUCUGCUGGAAAAUCAUUUAUUUCUGGGACACGAUAAGCUCGAGUGCAUGGCGACAUCAUUUCGCAUCAAUGAUACAAACGGAAGAAAUUUAUUUUCCGUUAAUCGAGAUGAAGUCACAAUCGGAGCCCAUGCCCUGCGUGUGGACGGCGAAGGUGGUGCGAUUUUCCGUGAAUCGAUACAGACACCGCAUGUACGUGCCGAACCGGGACGUGAAUUAAGAUUGGAAUCGCCUACUCGACAGUUAGAAAUGAAGGCAGCUCAGGAAAUAAAUUUACAAUCACGGGCCGGAGGCAUUGAGAUAUCUGCAUUGGAGGAUAUUAAACUAACCACAAUGGAAGGCAGUUUACGCUUUGAGUCGUCGAAAAUAUUCAUGCCAAAUCUACGCACAGUCCCAUCCAUACAGGGACCACCACAGAAAGAUCAUACGCAUCGUGUCUUUCAACUUUGUGCCUGUUCCAGUGGUAAGCUCUUCUUGGCCAGUUCACAUUCGUCGUGUGCUGGCGAUGACAGCACCGUUUGUAGAUGAUUGAAGGAAGACACCGGCAAAGGACAAUAACUCAAAAGAAAAG